AUGAGCGAAGUGAGUGCUGAGCCUGGGGGUGCUGCGACUGGGGGUACUGAGCCUGGGGGUGCUGAGCCUGGGAGUGCUGAGUUAGGGGGUGCUGAGCCUGGGGGUGCUGCGACGGGGGGUGCUGAGCCUGGGGGUGCUACGUCAAGAGCUGCUGAGCCAAGGGGUGCUACUGAGCCUGGAGUUGCGGAGCCUGCGACCACUGGACCUCCCCCCCUGGCGUCUGGCGGUGCGGGGCCUGGAGGCUCUCCGGGUGCUUUGUCUCGGCGGGAGCCACUCUCUCCACACUGGAGACGUACUGCUGGAGCUGGAGCUUCUUCGGGUCCGCCUAGCGCUGGAGCUACUGAGGGUGUUGGUGCUGAGACUGCUGCUAUCCUUCCUGGCGGUGGUCCUACUGCGGGUGCUGCUGGAGGUUCUGCUGCUGGAGGUGCUGUUGGCGCUGGUGCUGUCGUUGAGGGUGCUGGUGCUAUCCCUGCUGUGUCUGAAGUUGCCGCGCGGCCUCGGCCGUACUUCGUUCCGCUCCUGCAGCUGGUUCUUGGUCUUUCUCCUUCAGUAGAGUGUCCACCGCCUGUCCAUUCAUUGUCACAGUUACCGCCGGCCUCCCCACUGCCUUCUCCUUCUCCGUACACUGGUCCUACUGGAGGUCUUGCUGAGCGUCGUGAGCCUGCGUCCCGUCUUGCGUCGCCUAUUCGUGCUGCUCGCACUAGUGGUCGCAAUUCGCGUCAGCGUCCUCCUCCUGUCCCUGGCACGCACCGGAUAUCUCUGCGUCCGUCCACUGCUCCUUUGCGUGCCCCUUUGCCUUCUCCUCCUGAGUCCUCUCUUCCUGCGCUUGCCGACCCGGAGUCAGACUCUCUUCGUGCUGCCAGUCCUACUGUCACGCGUCUCCUUGCUACUGUCGUCACUGACCCCUCUUUUGAGUCCCCUGCUGCGUCUGCGCUCGUUGCUGAGCUCGUCGACUUUGCUGCUCGCUGUCGUCUAGACUACGCUGCCAGUCUUGUUGCUGAGUCUGUGUCUGUCUGUCCUCUGUCCGUCGAGGGUGAGUGUGCUCUUAGCAUGGACGUCCUUGAGGACAGGCAGGAGGAGUUCCAGUGUCUGGCUAUUGCUUCACCUCAUCUCGCGUCCGUACUGCUUACCCCUAAGGGAGACCCGGAUGCACUAGACAUCCCGACUCCGCGCUCUUACGCGGAGGCCGUAGAGGGUCCCUACUCCUCUCAGUGGCAGGCAGCUAUGGAUGCAGAGACGGCUUCCUAG